UUGAGCACCGGCAAUGAGACUGUAAUGGCUGCCAUUAUUCAAAUUGUGUCAGUGAAAGUUGCCAGGCUUUUUCAGAGGUCUUUUCAAAGGCCUUCAGCUGCACCAUCCUUCUUGAGACUUUUCCUGGUUGCUAGUGACCAGAAGAUUUCACCUACUGCUGCCCAGAAGCUGGUGAUUCACAUGGAGACAGUGACGUCAGUCUUGGCACUUGUGUUGAUGCAGAUAUACUCCGAGGAGGGCAGAGAAUUUACAUUUGAAGCUCAUAAGUGGCCACUGGUUGAGCAUGUGGUAAUUAGACUGUCCCUCUCUGGUGUCAACGUCAGCAAGAAGAAAGGUAAAGUGACUUGUUAUUUCAACAUGAAUGAAGUGGUGUGUAUGGUCAACUCCAUCUGUAAGGACCUAUUGACCAUGUAUUGCAACAUGAAAUUUCUCAUGGAGGCAUUAUCCAAUAAGAACAGAAUGGUGUCCCGAGACAUUGGCCGUCUGGUGUCUGUCCAACUUGAGAUGGUAUGCCGUUACAGGAAAAUAGACACACCACCUGUUGAGCUGCCAUCUUGCCCAGACUUUGAACAUGUCAUAUGUGGUAUAGUGGCAAGAUUUGUCCAUGUCCUUAUCCCAGUGACUCUGGCAGAUAAGGAAGACCUGGUCCUGUGCCUUCAACUGGUGGACCAGAUUCGUUUUCUCACUCAAGUGACUCUUUUCCAAUCCCAGGAUUCACAUUCUCUUGCCUGCCACCUCAAAGAACUGUCAUCAGAUACAAUUGAACAGCUAGGUGACAUGGUUUACAAUCAAUAUACAGAGUCCUUCCCUUUGUGUGAUGUUCAGGAUCAGAUACACACGUUGGUGAUAGAUAAACACCACAGCUGUAUGAUUAGUACCAUGAUUGUAACAACUCUGCAGGAUUAUGUGAAACUACUUAAUAACAUCUCAUGUGAGGAACACAAGGAGGCACCUACCUCAAGUGCACUGCUGCCACCUUCAGGUUCCUCUAUCCCUGACGCAUCACCUGCAGUGAAGCCACCCCCAGUGCUCACUCUUCCUAACACUUCACCUGUAGUUAAGCCUCCUCCGGGAUUUACUGUAUCUGACACCUCAGCCACAGUAAAACCUCCUCCUGGAUUCAGCCCACUUGAUGCACCAUCUCUAGUGAAGCCUCCUCCUGGAUUCAGCCUACUUGGUGCAUCACCUGUGGUGAAGCCUCCUCCUGGAUUCAGCCUACUUGGUGCAUCACCUGUAGUGAAGCCACCUCCUGGAUUCAGCCUACUUGGUGCAUCACCUGUAGUGAAGCCUCCUCCUGGAUUCCUGCUUCUGAAUGCAUCACCUGUAGUGAAGCCUCCUCCUGGGUUUGCUCUCCUUGACCCCUCAACUGCAGUGUGGUCACCUCCAGGGUUUGCUCUUCCAGACACCUCAAUUGCAGUGAAGCCACCUCCAGGGUUUGCUCUUCCAGACACCUCAAUUGCAGUGAAGCCACCUCCAGGUUUUGCUGUACCUCAAGCAUUACUGCUGGUGAAGCCACCUCCAGGUUUUGCUGUACCUCAAGCAUCACCUGUACUGAAGCCACCUCUUGGUUUUGCCGAGUUCAAUCUCCCUGAAACAUCACCUGCAGUGCGACCACCUCCUGGGUUUGCUCUGCCUGACCCUUCAUCUGUAGUGAAGCCACCUCCAGGGUUCUCUAUCUCUGGUGCCUCACCAGCAGUCAGACCACCCCCAGGAUCCAUUGUGCCUAAAACAUCACCUGCAGUGCAGCCACCCCCUGGAUUUGCACUGCCUGAUCUCUCACCUGCCGUGAAGCCGCUUCCUGGAUUUGCACUGCCUGAUGUCUCAGUCGCAGGGAAGUCGUCUCCUGGAUUUGCUUCACCUGCAGUAAAACCACCACUCGGGUUCCCUCUGCCUGAUGCUUCAAGUGCAGUGCAGCCACCUCUAGGGUUCUCUGUACCUGUUGCAUCACCUGUGGUACCUAUCGUAACACCUUCAGUCUGGCCACCUCCAGGGUUUACUCUUCCUGAUGCCUCAUUGAUAGUGAAGCCACCACCCGGGUUUGCUGUACCUGUUUCAUCAUCUGAAGUACGGCCACCUCCUGGAUUUGGUCUUCCUAAUGCCUCAGUAGUAGUGAAGCCACCCCCUGGGUUUGCUGCACCUAUCGUAACACUUGCAAUGCGGCCACCUCCAGGAUUUGCUCUUCCUAACACCUCAGCUACAGUGAAGCCACCCCCUGGAUUUACUGUAAUCGAAGCAUCACGUCCAGCGAAGACGCCUCCUGGAUUUACCCUGAUCGAGGCAUCACCUCCAGUGAAGACGCCUCCUGGAUUUACUCUGAUCGAGGCAUCACCUCCAGCGAAGGUGCCUCCUGGGCUUCUGCCUCCAGAUGCCUCACCGGCAGUACAGCCCCCAUCUGGGUUUAAUCUCUCUGAGAGCUCUAGACCUGAAUUGUGUUCAGAAGUUCCAGAUUGGGAGAUGGAGAAUGAGGCUCAAGACAUCGAAAAACAUGAUCAGUGUGCCCAACACACAGCAUUGAAUGUGACAUCAAAUGACUCAAAAGAUGACCAAAAUCAAGCAGCACUGCCAUCUGAGAGUGUCAAGCCCACCAAGAAGAAGGGACUGAAAGGCUUUCUUCAGAAGAUAAGGAGGGCAUUUAGAUUUUGUGUACCCUCCAGGGACGCAGAGGGACGCAAGAUAACGCUCUCUAGAAAUCACUAAAAAACA